UAAUUCGCUAGAUGACGUACUAUACUACACCCUCUCGUCUCUCGUCUCUCUCUCUCUCUCUCACUCACACACACACAAUACAGAAAACCCGUCUCCGGUGCUUAGCUCGGGAGCAAGCGUCAGAUUUUCGUGAUAUACGGGGUGGCAGAGAAAUAACUGAGCAAGGAUAGUACAAACAUGUCGGCUCUCUUCAAUUUCCAUUCAUUCCUGACAGUAGUAUUGUUAGGCAUCUGUGCCUGCACAUAUGUGAAGAUGCAGUUUCCUGCACUUCUUGAACAGAGAACUGGGUUUCGAGGCGUUUUCUGGAAAGCUGCUAGAAUAGGUGAGAGACUCAGUCCUUGGGUAGCCGUGGGGAGCUUCGCAAUGGGAGUUUCAAUAAUUUUCUUCUAAACAGACAUCACUGUAUGUUAAACAUUAUUACUGAUUCUAUCAUGUAGCUGAAUGGUAUGAGAUUCGCCUUGGAAUUUUUGGUUCUGGAUGGUGUAUUUUCUACUACUUUGAGUUGGAUUACGAUACUAUUUGUAUGAUAAUUGAAUGGAAGAUGUAGCAUAGUACUUUUUUCUGGUGUU